AAUUCCCAGGAAACGGACUGACCGACCGAUCUGAACACGGCGGCUCCGGUCAGUCCCCUCCACUCUCCGCUCUAGUCGUCUUCCCUCCCGAGCUCCAUAAAAUAAGGGAGCGUGCAAGCUACUCGUUGCCGGCAGCUUCCUCCACCUCCCUCUCCCCCUCUCCCUCCGCUCCCCACUCCCUCUCUCCGAUCCAGCGAUCUCUCGGGUCUCGCGGCCGAUGGCGGGGCCGAUCCGCGUCACCAUGGAGGUCGGCGCCGACGGCGUCGCGCUCAUCACCAUCUGCAACCCGCCGGUCAAUGCUCUGCACCCCAUCAUCAUCCAGGGGCUCAAGGAGAAGUACGCCGAGGCCCUUGAUCGCGACGACGUCAAGGCCAUCGUCCUCACCGGCGCGGCGGGCAAGUUUUGUGGAGGCUUCGAUAUUAAUGUAUUCUCAAAAGUUCAUGAGACUGGAGACGUGUCCAUUUUGCCUGAGAUGUCUUUUGAGCUUGUGUCGAAUCUGAUGGAAGAUGGCAAAAAGCCUUCUGUCGCUGCAAUUCAAGGCCUUGCUCUUGGUGGUGGUCUAGAGUUGACUAUGGGUUGUCAUGCUCGGAUAGCUACCCCUGAAGCUCAACUUGGAUUACCAGAGCUAACUCUUGGCGUGAUUCCUGGAGCUGGAGGAACUCAGCGUCUACCGAGGCUUGUAGGUCUGCCCAAAGCAAUAGAAAUGAUGCUUCAAUCGAAGUUCAUUACGGCCAAGGAAGGAAAAGAACGUGGUUUUAUUGAUGCGCUUUGCUCCCCUGAUGAGUUGAUAAAAAUGUCACGCUCUUGGGCUCUGGAGAUUGCAAAUUACCGUAAACCUUGGAUAAGAUCUCUUGGCAGAACAGAUAGGCUUGGUUCACUGUCUGAAGCUCGUGCUGUAUUAAGUAUGGCAAGACAGCAAGCAAAUAAGGUUGCAGCAAACAUGCCACAGCACCAGGCCUGCCUAGAUGUUAUUGAAGAAGGUGCACUAUAUGGAGGCCAUGCUGGUGUUGUGAAGGAAGCAAAGGUUUUCAAGGAGUUGGUAGUAUCAACCACAUCAAGGGCACUUGUCCAUGCAUUCUUCGCCCAGCGUUCCACCACUAAGGUACCUGGUGUUACUGAUAUUCAACUCAAACCUAGGAACAUAAGAAAAGUUGCUGUUAUUGGUGGUGGUCUUAUGGGUUCUGGAAUUGCAACAGCCCUUCUUGUUGGCAAUAUAUCUGUUGUCCUCAAGGAAGUAAACCCUCAAUUUUUGCAAAGGGGACAAAAAACAAUAGCAGGAAAUCUGGAGGGCCUUGUCAAAAGAGGCUCAUUGACCAAGGAUAAAAUGAGCAAGGCCAUAUCACUUCUCAAGGGUGCAUUGGAUUAUUCAGAUUUCAAGGAUGUUGAUAUGGUUAUUGAGGCUGUUAUUGAGAAGGUUCCUUUGAAGCAAUCAAUUUUUGCUGACAUUGAGAAAAUCUGCCCACCACAUUGCAUACUUGCAACGAACACUUCCACCAUCGAUUUGAAUGUUAUCGGCGAGAAGACAAAUUCUCAAGAUAGAAUUAUUGGGGCUCAUUUUUUCAGCCCUGCUCAUAUUAUGCCCUUGCUUGAAAUUGUCCGGACGGAAAAGACAUCACCACAAGCUAUCCUCGAUCUCAUUACAGUUGGGAAAAUAAUAAGGAAAGUCCCCGUUGUUGUUGGCAACUGCACAGGCUUUGCAGUAAAUCGUACAUUUUUCCCUUACACACAAGGUGCUCAGCUUCUAGUUAGUCUUGGCAUUGAUCUUUUCAGAAUUGAUCGAAUAAUAAGCAACUUUGGCAUGCCAAUGGGACCUUUUCAACUCCAAGAUUUAGCUGGAUAUGGAGUAGCCUUAGCAGUAAAGGAUAUCUAUGCAGCUGCCUUUGGAACACGGAAUUUUAACUCUGUUCUAGUGGAUUUGAUGGCAGAGACUGGGCGGCAGGGAAAGAGCAAUGGAAAAGGUUACUACCUUUAUGAGAAGGGUGCGAAGCCAAAGCCUGACCCUAAUGUUCAACUUGUGAUUGAUGAGUACAGAAAGCAGGCAAAGACAAUGCCGGCUGGAAAGCCUGUUACUUUAUCGGAUCAAGAUAUAUUGGAGAUGGUUUUCUUCCCAGUCGUUAAUGAGGCAUGCAGGGUCAUGGAUGAAAAUGUGGUGAUCAGGGCUGCUGAUCUUGAUAUUGCAUCUGUUCUCGGGAUGGGCUUUCCCAAGUACAGGGGUGGCCUCGUCUUUUGGGCUGACACGGUCGGAGCAUCUUAUAUACAUUCAAAGCUUAGCAAGUGGGCUGAAGCGUAUGGUGAUUUCUUCAAACCAUCAUCAUAUUUGGAGGAGAGAGCGAAAAGCGGCCGACCACUGGCCGCGCCACGGACGGCUCACCAAGCUUCGACAAGGUCACGCAUGUGAGGCGCUGCAUAUGACGAGCACUUGGCACAGUGGCUUCUCAAACAGCAUCAACACUGCCUGCGGCACAUAUGUGGUAUUCAAAAUACCUCCAGGGAAGUGUUACCUGUAGUGUGUGUUGGACAUUACAUCAUGUUCCCAGUUUUUUACCUGGGCUGAUAUACAACAAUAAGAAAAAUAAAUGUCUUGGCGUACUUUUGUGGUUGUAACUAUAAUAUGGUAAUCGUUGUUCUGUUGUAAGUAGAGUUUAUGUUGUAUAUUUGUCGAAGUGUGAAUUUGCACAUUCACAUUUCAGGGGAAUGACCUCUUUCUCUUUGAGAAAUCACAACACUGCCCAGCAAGGCUAUGGGGAGAGAGUUUCUGAUC